AUGGCAACAAAAACUAUUCUGGAUAAGGACCUUGGACCCGGGUUCGUGACCCCUACAAUUAGAUUCGCAACAGUCGACAAGUUGCCUAUUUCACGUUCUUCACACAACACCCCUCUUCCGCCCAUCAUUCGACCGGACACGGCUGGUUCGAUCAGCAGACAGAGUCUGGUCUCUUCGGAGCUUCCUACUUCACCGGCCUACUGUAUGAUGCCCGCGACUCCUAGGAAAGGUACCACUCGCAGGGGACCGCCUACCACACGACCGGCUGACUUCAGAACGUGCCUUCUACCGCUCAAACAGACUCCACCCGUGCCUACGUAUAACGAAGCACAGCGAUUGCCCACAACUCCUGUUAAUCUCAAAAUCUCUCCUGCUUUCUCGCAGAAGGCUUACAUGGCUUCAGGACCCAUUCUUACCGAAAUUCCUGCGAAGUAA